AUGCUCCUCCGCCACCGCCACCGCCACCGCCACCACCUCUUGUCGCGCCCGCGCCGCAGUUCCCCUCUCGCCGCCCUGCGUUGCGUCGCCAUGUCCUCCUCCGCUUCCCCCUCUUCCUCCACCUCUACCUCCGCCGCGGCCGCCGAUUACCACUGCCGCACCAAGCACAGUCCCACCGCCGGCUACGCGCGCGGUCCGGGCCGCCUCGACUGGGCCAACCAGCCCAACCCCUUCCUCCGCUUCUCCCCCGCACCGCAGCUACCGCUCCCCAACCCGCCUCCGGUCGCCCCCGUCCCCUACCCUGCCCUCUUCCACUCCCCGCCCCCGGCGCCGCAGCCGCUCACCGUCGACUCCCUCUCCGCGCUGCUCUUCCACUCCCUCGCGCUCUCCGCCUGGAAGUCCGCGGGCCUCUCAACCUGGUCGCUUCGCGUCAACCCCAGCAGCGGCAACCUGCACCCCACCGAGGCCCACCUGCUCUUCUCGCAUCCGCGGGAGGCCGGCCGCCUCGCCGUCGCCCACUACGCGCCCCGCGACCACCUCCUCGAGGUCCGCGCUACCGCACCAGUAGGGGAUCGUUCCGCGAUUCUGUCUGCGCCGGGGAUAGCGGUCCUGGCGCUAUCGUCAAUCUUCUGGCGAGAGGCGUGGAAGUACGGGGAGCGGGCGCUGCGGUACUGCAAUCACGACGUGGGGCACGCGCUCGCGGCGGUGGCGGUGGCCGCGGCCACGCUGGGUUGGGACGCGCGUUUGCUAGAUGGGCUGUCGGACGAGGACCUCGGGAGGCUCGUCGGGGUGGAGAAAGGCAGCCCGGCUGCCCCUCCGGAGGGGCUGCCUGACAAAGUGGUCAAGGGUAAGGCGCCGUGGGUGGAGCGGCAGCAUCCAGAUUGUGCUGUUCUGCUAUUCCCAGCUGGGUCUGAGCCUGAGGUCGACUAUGGCAGAAUGAGUGAGGCGCUGAGGGGGUUUGAUGGGCUGGAGUGGGUGGGGAAGGCAAAUGCACUUAGUAAAGAUCAUGUGGUGUGGGAUGUGAUAUACAGAACAGCAGAGCAAGUGAAGAAGCAUGGUCCUGCCCCCGGGGAACGGUUCUUUGUGAUGCCAUGGCAGAAGAGUCCAGCCUUGUCCAAUGGACUGUAUAAGGAAUUAACAGUGCAGGAGGUAGUACGGCGGAGGAGAAGCGCGGUGGACAUGGACGGCGUGCAUGUGAUGGGAAGGGAUACAUUUUACCAGAUGCUGAUGCACUGCCUCCCAUCAGGGGAGGUUGGAUCAGGUGAGCUGCAAGGGCAGCAGAGUGCUCUGCCGUUCCGUGUAUUACCAUGGGAAGCGGAGGUGCAUGCUGCACUAUUUGUGCAUCGUAUCUCAGGGCUGCCAAGGGGGAUGUAUUUCCUGGUCAGGAAUGAGGAGCACUUUGAUGCGUUGCAGCAUGCCAUGAGGCAGGACUUUGAGUGGGUUAAGCCAGAAGGAUGCCCUGAUGGCCUCCCACUCUACAGACUGAUGAAAGGGGACUGCCAGAAGUUUACCAUGCAGGUCUCAUGCUUUCAGGAAAUUGCCUCGCAUGGGUGUUUUAGCCUUGGGAUGAUUGCUAGGUUCGAGCCUGUGUUGCAUGAGAAAGGUGAAUGGAUGUAUCCUCGUUUGUUCUGGGAGACUGGCAUUCUUGGUCAAGUGCUUUACCUCGAGGCCCAUGCUGUUGGAAUAUCUGCCACAGGAAUUGGAUGCUACUUUGAUGAUGCUGUUCACGAGGCACUUGGCUUGAAAGGUUUGGAGUUUCAAAGCUUGUACCAUUUUACAGUGGGCGCUCCUGUGCUUGACAAGAGGAUAAUGAGUCUCCCAGCUUACCCUGGUCCCGGAAUUGACGCAUGA